CCACUCAUAUUCCUUUCAUAGGUUCUGUAUUCAAUCAAGCGCCUAUCGAAAUCCAAAACCAUGAGCUUCGGUGGCUCUUCGGGUAGCAGAGCAGCACAAAGGGCAUUCGAGUUUGGGAGGACACAUGUGGUGAGGCCCAAAGGGAAGCAUCAGGCAACUAUUGUCUGGCUACAUGGUCUUGGCGAUAAAGGCUCAAGUUGGUCCCAGCUUUUUGAGAGUCUUCCACUUCCUAAUAUCAAAUGGAUUUGCCCAACUGCUCCAACUCGACCUGUUGCUGCAUUUGGUGGAUUCCCCUGCACUGCUUGGUUUGACGCGGGAGAUCUUUCAGAAGAUGGUCCUGAUGAUUUGGAGGGUUUGGAUGCUUCAGCAGCACAUAUUGCAAAUCUAUUGUCUACUGAACCAUCUGAUGUUAAAUUAGGUGUCGGGGGAUUUAGUAUGGGAGCUGCAAUGGCUCUUUACUCCGCAACAUGCCAUGCUCUGCGACAAUAUGGGAAUGGAAGCCCGUAUCGGGUGAACUUGAGUGUAAUUGUUGGUCUUAGCGGUUGGCUUCCUUGCUCGAGGACUCUAAGAAACCGAAUGGGGGGAUUAAAUGGAGCUGGGCGACGUGCAGCAUCAUUACCGAUUCUAAUUUGUCACGGCACAGGUGAUGAUGUGGUCGAAUAUAAACACGGGGAGAAAUCUGCACGGACCUUAGUCUCAGCCGGCUUUCAGAAUCUCACAUUCAGGACAUAUAACGGGCUGGGUCACUACACAGCUCCCGAGGAAACCGAUGAACUCUGUCGCUGGCUCGCUGCGAAUUUGGGGCUCGACGGGGCGUGAUUUUGAAGUCAUGAAGAAAAGCAAAGCAGAAGGAAUAGAGAUUAAAAAAACAGUGUUUAGAGAGGAUGGGUUAUGGUAUACUUGCAUACUGUAGAAUAUGGUUUUUCUUUUUUUUUUUUUGUUUAUCAUAAUAAAAUCACUGUGGGUUUUUUAAGGAUCUGAUAAUAAUAUCCAUUUGUUGUACACUAACAUUAGUAGUUUUAUUCACAUGAUGAGAUUAGUAA